CAUUGCUGUGGGUCUGGACUCACAUGUAGGCCAGACCAGAUGGGAUGCCAAUUGGUGAACUCACGUGGUCCUCCUCACUUGCUGUGGUAGCCGUGUCUUUUUCCGGUCUCUUCACCUUUAUCUUCCUCAUGCUCGCCUGCCUCUGUUGCAAGAAAGGAGACAUUGGGUUUAAGGAGCCGAUUUCUGCAGUCAAACAUUUCAGCCGAAAGGAGUUUGAGAAUAAUGAGGGAGAGGAUUACACAGGAGAAUUCUCACCCCACACCACUUCCUCGUCACAGAAUGGACCCGAGGUUUAUAUCCUUCCACUCACAGAGGUCUCAUUUCCCGUGUCAAACCAGCCAUCUGCAAGACCAGGGCACUUCCUUCAUCAGACUGACUUGGGCCGUCAAAGCCUCCUCUACUUAAAAGAGGCAGGCAGUGGUUGGUUUGGAAAGAUGCUGACGGACCAGCAAAGUAUGUCUAGCAUUUUUGUUUCAGACGUGCAUCGUCAAAGCCUCCAGCAUCCCAAUCUGCUUCAGUGCCUAGCUCAGUUUACAGAGGUGACGCCUUAUCUCCUUGUCAUGGAAUUCUGUCAGCUGGGUGACUUAAAGGGUUAUCUGAGAACUCAUAAUGCAGCUGAUGAAUUGGCCCCUGAUCCUUCAACCCUACAGCGAAUGGCUUGCGAGAUCACAUCAGGCCUACAGUAUUUACACAAACAUAAUUAUAUACACAGUGACAUGGCCCUGCGAAACUGCUUGCUGUCUGCGGACCUGACUGUUAAAAUUGGAGACUAUGGACUUUCCCACAAUAAAUACAAGAAAGAUUACUUUGUAACUCCUGACCAGCUCUGGAUCCCACUCCGCUGGAUUGCACCUGAGCUUAUCGAUGACGUUCAUGGGAAUCUGCUAGUGGUGGAUCAAACCAAGAUUAGUAAUAUCUGGUCCCUGGGUGUAACUUUAUGGGAACUGUUUGAAUUUGGUAACCAGCCCUAUCACCAGUGUUCAGAUAAGGAGGUGCUGACGUAUGCUAUAAAAGAACAGCAGCUGAAACUGCCAAAACCCUUGCUGAACCUGCCACUGUCUGACCGAUGGUACGAGGUGAUGCAGUUCUGUUGGCUGCAACCAGACCAAAGACCCACAGCAGAUGAAGUGCAUCUGCUUCUCAGUUACCUUUGUGCAAAAGCAUCCAGUGAGGCAGAGGAAGAGUUUGAAAAACGCUGGAAUGCAAUGAAACCGAGUGGCUCCAGCACCAGCCACACAGCUGAGGUGUCUUCCUUUCCCCUCCUGGAGCAGUUUGGAACCAAUGGCUAUCAUACUGAGGUGGAUGAUGUGCUGACGGUGACUGAGACAAGUCAAGGCCUUAACUUUGAAUAUAAGUGGGACCACACUCAAAUGGACAACUUUCCACCAUCUACGGCUGGCCUGGCCCACGGCACCACCCAGUAUCAAGAGAUCUACUUCCCUAACAGUGCGUCGGGAAGGUUGAGUUUGAGUGUCUCGCCCGUCUCCUCCAACUCCUUCUAUGAAUCGAAGCAGCAGUCUAACAUGCCACAGAAUCUGCAGCCGCCAGGCAUUGUACCAGUGAUCAGCGCGCAUAGCCCUUCUGUAACUGGAGAAUACUACAUACGGAUAGAGGAACCGACUGAGUGCAAUAUGGACCUGGAUUAUACAAUGUGUUCCUAUAGCCCGGAGUAUGAUCCAAGCUUGCACGUGGAGUCAUCGUCUUGGCAAGGAUUACAAGGAAGGGACAAUAUAGAUGAUUGUGAGAACAGCCCGACUUUAUCCUUGACCAUGGAACCCCUUUUGGGUCAGGUAUCAUCAGCAACCCAAGACUCCUGGGAAGACAGUCAAUAUUUUAGCAAGAAUAAGAGCCAAACAUACUACGAACAAUUCACGGUAGAUGAUGCUAAUCAAUAUUUGUUAGAGAACGACUCUGAAAAUAGUAACAACUGGAAAGUACAGAGUGCUGGAGAAAACAGUAAUGAUGACCCUUUGGGAAUAUCUCCUUUGGUAACAAGUUCCUUGAGAGAUUCCACUUCCUUACUCGUAACAUCUUAUCACGAACUGGAUGAAACUGAAUCAGAUAGAACUUGUCAAUCACCAGCUGCUGAAGUGUUUAAUUAUUCUGCACCUUCUGUAAAUACAAUGUUACAUUCAGUCGAUGAUUUGGACUGUGUAAAAACAAUUGCAGUUGGUGACCCUUCACCAGCUGGUCUGCCAUCCAGAAAGGGAACAACAUCUGAAGACGAAAACCUCUUUCUUUCUGGGAUAAAAUCAUGGGAAUCCAGUAAUUUCCUAAAUAACAACAAUAUGGAUUUAACAAAACAGUCGCUCGAGCAGGCAAAUAUUGGCGCAGAAUUAUUUCAAACAGAAUUUUCAGAACCAGACCUGCAAAAGGUGGGAAGUGUUGUGCUUCUCUCUUUAUGUCACACAGCAGACACACACAACUCCACAAAGAUUCAUUCGACCGAAACAGAGAAUGGGCACUGUAACUGGAAGGCUAAGUACAAAGAAGUUGAUCAGGACAGUCAAAGUUUUGAUCAGUCACUCUCCACUACUUUACACAACAUAGCCCAGCAAGAGGAAAAUCAUAGUCUCAUUUCUGAUAGAUUACAAUCUUCGAGAAGCGAAGACCUUGUGGACCCUUUACUUGGCCAGGCUGUGAAGAGUUCUGCCCCUGGUAUCUAUAAUAAAACCAGGAUCCAGAUGGACAGUAGUGAAAUGAAUUUACCUGGACCAGAUACAGACGUAGCCAGUGUGAAUGAUCAAUUGGAUGUCAUUGUUCAAGAAACGGAUCAAUUAAAGAUUGAUAGAGAAGAGAUUCAUAAUCCAACUGAACUGAAGAUUGAAAUAGAAGUCAGAGAGAGCAAUGCCAUUCUUUCAGAAAUGGAAAUGGUCAGUGAUACAUAUCAGGUGGAAACUGCAGUGAGGGACUUUGCAAGCUCUCCCCAGUUUGAAACAGCUGAGAAAAGUGACAAUUGCUUUUCAUCUGAUGUAGAAUCGAAAGAGCUUGACAGCUCUCCAAUAAAGACAUUUUCCAGUGUAAGCUUUGCUGGAACAGAUGGGUGCAGUGAUGAGGAUGAAACAGAUAUCACAUCAGGAGUAUUCACAGACUUAACACAGGACUACGAAAGCAGUGAUCUUGUUCUCUCUCACAAAUCUCUGCAGAAACUUGUGGGGACUCCAGAUUCCCUGGAGUCUCUCGACAUCCCAUCGACAACUAGUUCCUGUGAAAUGUAUAGUCCGACGUCACAUUAUUCGUCACUCCAGCCAAAGGCUGCAGACAGUGGCUAUGACACGGAGAAUUUUGAAUCCCCGGAAUUUGUCUUGAAGGAACCAGUUGAACAGAAGGACCCUGAGCUGUUCCCCAAAGUAAGCAAACCCAGUAAUGUUACUGUACUGGAGGUGGGCAGUGAUGGCAUUGAAAUGUCACAAGACUCUAAGCCACAGCGCAUUGACGAAAAAAAUCCCUACAGGGACUCGGCGUAUUUCUCAGACUAUGAUGCUGAGUCUGAAAGAUACCAAACCUUAGAUUCAGAGAAGGAUGACCUCGAGGAAGAUGAGAUUGAACUGAAUGAAGGCGACCUCACAGAUAGUCCUUUACAAGAUGUUGAUUGUGUGUACUUGGGUUCUUCACAGACUCACAACCAGACUGACCUGCAGCAAACUGAAAGCCUGAAGACUGCAGGGAGAAAUUUAGAGCAUUGCAAUUUGAUCCAAAAGUUACCUAAUGAUCCUGCAGAGGGUUUAGCGAGCAGUCAAGCCUCUGCAGAGGUUUCUAUUCUCAUUGAAAAACAGAUGGACCCUAUACCUAAUAACCCAGUAUUGGCAGAAGCAGAACCCAAACAGGGAUCAGAAUUCAGUAGUUCUGUAAUAAAUGAGGGAUCUCACAAGCAGGACUUAGAAACUGAGAAUGGUGAGAAAGCGAUUCAAGCUGACUAUUUAGUUUGUAAGCAGAUAUUAGAUGAAGCAGCUUGCUCCAAUUCGAAGAACAAUGAUGGAUUUUUUCAAAGCAGCUGCAAUUCAGAAAACAUUCUCCUAAAGAAACAGGUAUCUUCACGUAAGAAAGGGUACCCUCACAAAACGUCAGGCUGCAUCUUUGAUGGCACAGAAUUGAUACUGGAAGAACAUUUAGCUGAGCAAUGUAGCGAAACAGUUGGGCUCCAGUGCACUGAUGUUGAGACAAGGAAGUUCCAACUGUAUUCCUUGAACAUUGAAGAAAAGUUGGAGAGCUGCAUUGUUCCCAAAAUACAGUCAGUUCAGUUGUCGUUGGAGCUCCCUUUAUUAGGUCUUAAGAAAGAACCCAGACAGGGCUUUGAUGGGGAAGAAGGAGACGAAGAGGAUGAGGAUGAUGAUGAAAGUGAUGACUCCGAUGAAGAACUUGGCAUCUAUAACAUUCAGGAACACAGUGAAGAGAGUGAGGAAGAACUUCCCACUGUUCCCAUUAUUGUAACAGAGAAAGAUGAUGGGAAGAAUCUAAGAAGUCUUCUCAAGUUGCCGAAUUUAGUGUGUGAGACCUUUUGUGAUGAUCUUGACCGAAAGAAAAAAGCCGUGUCUUUCUACGAUGACGUCACUGUCUACCUUUUUGACCAGUUGAUUAAAGGAUUCACACUUCUAAGUGUUCAGGACAUUGCUCUGAGUAAACUGUGUUAUCGAUUGCAGCAUUUACUGGAUUUGCAGACUGAUGGUGCUCAGUAUUAA